UUGGUGCUCUGGCGUUCGGAGGUGGGAGGUCACAUUGAGGGGUGUAGUUUCUAGGGUUCCGAUGGUUCGUUUGGUCUAGGGAUCCGGACGUGUGGUGGAAUUUCGAGCUUGUUGGUUCGGCUGGUUGUCAGGAAAUCCACUUGCUCAGCCCACCGCUGAUUGCAAUAUGCAAUCCCUAUUCCCCUUAUCCUUUGGAGCGUGGGGGCUAUGAGCUUCCAGCAUGAAUUUUGUGGAUUCAGGGUUCCACAUGGAUAGCUCUGCACGCCGUGGAGGUAGAUGACUACUAGUAGCAUAUCCUGGGAAUGUGUAGGAGCUGAACAAUGCAGGUAGAUUUGGGACCAGUUGUCUAGUUGUGGAAUUGGCUGGCAUUUAGAACAAGUCCUAUCAUGUCCAAAUUGUUACUGCUACGAUGAGAUGUCCAAAUUGUUACUACAAUUUCCAUGCUGAAGAUAACUCAGUAUGCAUAGGAGAUCAAGAUCGUGUGUAGAAUGGAUAUACAGUGGUCGCUCUGUUUUUUUCCCCUUUCAUAUUAGAUGCACCCUGGAAAUGCUAUGCCAAAGUCGCCUGCAAUAAAAAUGGCGGGCACCCAGCAUUGCAUGGCACGUUCAGAGGGAGAGAUUGAGAAGUGCAUGGUCCAUGACACGUGGAAGCAAGAGAUGGGCUGCGAGCUGCCUGUUUCUUGGCCCAGGUCAUCGAGACGUUAACACAUCUUUUUCUGUGUUGUCGACUUGUCGUGGAGCAAGACGUGGCAUUGGCUUGAGUGCACCUUGCUUUUUCUUGCCUUUUAUUUUCAUUCCUCAUUUAAGUUUACAAUAUAGAAGUUGCCAAUGCAUUAUUCUCAUGAAAGUGCUAUAUAAUUCCUUGUUGACAAUCCUUGUUGACAUUACAGCGGUUCUCAUGAAAGUACUAUAUAAUUCCUCUAGAGAUCCUAAGAGGUUCUUGUUUCUAAUAAGAAAGUACCAGCUGAAUUCUUUUUUGUUUUUCAUUUAAGUUUUGAAAAGGGUUCUUUCUUGUUUGUUCUUAUAGGAUUCUAGGAUGUAGUUCUUUUAGUGUUUGCUGUAGCUUUCAAGAUGCAGCUCUUGUUUUAAUUAUCACGUAGUUCCUUUGAGGCUUUGUCCAUAGGCCACCAUGGAUACUUGAGAGACUAAUUAUAUGAGUAUAAUUUUAGUGGAGGUUUGUGGCAUGUUCUUAAUGCCCAUGCAUAAGUCAAAUAACAAACAAAAAAGUACAAGGCGAGUUAUGAUCUUGUACUAGUUGAAUGCUUUAAAUACCUAGUAAUGUACAGUGCAACAUAAUAAGGUGGCUAGAGAAAUCAAAGCAAUGCUGCCACUUUCAGUUUUAAUAGAAGAAAUGGGUGACUCUGUUGAAAGAUCGACGCAUGAAGCAAACAUUGGUAAAGGGAGCUAGGAGGCACACGUGUGGCCUCAAGAACAGUUGCCAGGUGCUGGUGAAUCUGGCUCAGCUAUAUUUCAUUGUGGUCGACAGGAAGAUGGUUUUCUGAUGCUGCUUUAUUUGUUUACUGUAAAUUGAUGAAAUUUUGGUGAACAUACCAUGGACAAAAAUACUCCUUGUCCUGUUGAGGGCAAUGGUGAGAUUAAAAAUGGUGUGAGCUCUAGUCAAAACCCUGAGGCCGUUGAGCAUCAAGUUAUGUAUACAUCUCAAACAGUGCAAAAUACCAUGGGUAUAAGGAAAAAUUAUAAAAGGGCAGCAAACAGAGGCAAAAAAGGCUCCCAGGGACUAACAGGUCAAACAUAUACUUUGAGGUCAUCUGGUAAUAAUGUCAGGAUGCUUCGCUCCACUUCAAGUUCAAAGACAACACCUACUGAACAUGCACAGACUCCAGUACAACCAGCAGCAAAAAGAAGAAAAAGGGGCAGACCCUCAAAGUCAAACAAAAGUUCGACAGAUGAGUUUUCACAAAUUCGUAAACGUGUUAGAUACAUUUUGAAUCGAAUGAACUAUGAACAAAGCCUGAUUGAAGCUUAUGCUAGUGAAGGCUGGAAAAAUCAAAGUUUGGAUAAGAUAAGACCUGAGAAGGAGCUUGAACGAGCCAAGGCGGAAAUUUUGCGAUGCAAGCUGAGAAUACGGGAAGUCUUCCAGAAUCUUGAUUCUCUCCUCUCUAAGGGGAAGAUUGAUGAGUCUUUAUUUGAUUCGGAAGGAGAGAUAUCUUGUGAAGAUAUUUUUUGUGCUACUUGUGGUUCAAAGGAUGUUACAUUGGGUAAUGAUAUCAUUCUAUGCGAUGGAGCUUGUGACAGAGGGUUCCACCAGAACUGUUUAAAUCCUCCUUUGCGUACUGAAGAUAUCCCCGAGGGAGAUGAAGGUUGGCUCUGCCCUGCAUGUGAUUGCAAGAUAGACUGUAUAGACAUAAUAAAUGAACUUCAGGGAAGUGAUCUCUCCAUUGACGACUCUUGGGAGAAAGUCUUUCCAGAGGCUGCUGCUUUGGCAAAUGGCUCUAAGCAAGAUGACGCAUUUGAUCUUCCAUCAGAUGAUUCAGAUGACAAUGACUUUGACCCCAAUAUGUCUGAAGAGCAUGUGGCUAGCAAGGAAGAAGGAUCUUCUGAAGAGGAAGAGGAAGAGGAUGGAGGAUCAGACUCUGACGACUCAAAUUUUUUGACCUCUUCCAAUUCUGAUGGUUCAGGACCUUUGACAACUGACAAAAAGAAGGUCGAUGACCUGGGAUUACCUUCUGAGGAUUCAGAGGAUGAUGACUAUGAUCCAGCAGGUCCUGAUUCAGAUAAUGAUUCAGAUAAAGAUAUCCAAAAGAAUAAAUCAACUUCAGAUGAGUCGGACUUCACAUCUGACUCUGAUGAUUUCUGCGAGGAGAUUGCAAAAUCUGGUGGACAUGAUGAAGUUUCAUCACCUCCAUUACCUGAUGUUAAGGUGGAUGAUAUGGAAAGAAGCACUCCUCAGGCUAACACAGAAAAUUCCAAUGAUGACCCUAUGGAGACCGAAAUGGACCAGAGUGUGGUUUUACCAGUUUCAGGGAGACGGCAGACUGACCGGUUGGACUACAAAAAACUGUAUGAUGAGGCUUAUGGUGAAGCACCGUCUGAUUCUAGUGAUGAUGAAGAAUGGUCUGGGAAAAGCACACCAACAAAAGGGAAUGAAGAGAGUGAAGCUGAUUCUCCUGCAGUAAAAAGCUUGCAUCCUGAUUCUCUUCAAGGUUCAGUUGAUGAGAAACAUGGAGAUCUUACGUCUAAUGGCAGCAACAGUGCAACUAGGAAAGGACAUUUUGGUCCAGUAAUCAAUCAGAAGCUACAUGAACAUUUUAAGACAGACCCAUACCCUAGUCGUUCUCUUAAAGAAAGCCUGGCAGAAGAACUAGGGCUAACAUUCCAGCAGGUUAGCAGAUGGUUUGAAAGUAGGCGUCAUUUCACAAAGGCAGCUUCUUCCAGGAAAGGCAUCUGUCCAGAUAAUCAUAGCCCUGAGAAUACAAAUAGCCCAGUGGCAGCUAGCAAGCAACUUGACGAACCUGAGGAGACGGAGACGGAAAAACCUAGUGUAUGCAAAAACAAAAAUGCUACCAUCUUUGGAAAAGUAGGCUCUCCAAAAGUUGGAUCAAGAAAGAAUCGUUGCAAGAGUGCCUCCGGAGGUGAUGUGAGUGGGUCAAAAGUUGAUUCUGCUGAGGAUCAGGUUCCAGGGCUCGACCUUGCAGACAAGGCAAGGCAAAAGGCAAUACAGCGGGAAAUGAUGAAGAAGAAAAAAGGCAGAUGA